AUGUACAGUGCCCCUGUCCCCGCAGCUCCUCAUUCUCUCCGAACAAUAGCAGCCAGGUGCUGCCAAGAGCAUGACUCUGCACAGCUAAAGACUUCCAGGAGGCGCUGGGGCUUGACACCCUCUCAGGGAGCACUUGAUUCCUUGCCUCACACUUGGGAAUCUCUAGGCCUAUCUGGGGUGGAGGGUGGACUGAUGAUGGAGCUCCAGGCUGUCUUUGUGGCAAUUUUACAUUGGUUACAUUUAGUAACACUUUUUGAAAAUGAUCGUCAUUUCUCUCACCUCUCAUCUUUGGAACGGGAGAUGAGUUUUCGCACUGAAAUGNNACUUUAUUAUUCCUACUUCAAGACCAUUAUUGAAGCACCUUCAUUUUUGGAAGGACUGUGGAUGAUUAUGAAUGACAGGCUUACUGAAUAUCCUCUUGUAAUUAAUACAGUAAAACGCUUCCAUCUUUAUCCAGAGGUAAUCAUAGCCUCCUGGUAUCGGACAUUCAUGGGAAUAAUGAAUUUAUUUGGACUAGAAACUAAGACCUGCUGGAAUGUCACCAGAAUAGAACCUCUUAAUGAAGUUCAAAGCUGUGAAGGCAUGUUUCUUCCAAAAAUGCUGUCAUUUGUAAACAUUCAUCAACAUUUAAUAAUAUUAUGAUUCACUUUUAAGAAUUAUUGUAAAAUACUGUUGUUGAUUUAAAAAAAAUUAGAACUGACUCACCUCAAUGAGUAUUUUACAUUUUAAAGUAGUUUUCUGAGAAGGCUGUGUACUUACAAAUUUGAGUACAAAUUUUGGAAUUUGAGUAUUAACAUAUCCCGUUGUCAGGCAAUCUUGACUGUAAGUUAGUCUUCUAUUUCAGAAUGUGAAGAUACAGAAAGAUGUUUUUUGUGGUAGCUUCAAUAUAUAAAUUUUGAGGAUAGACUAAAUAGUCAAAUAUCUAUUUGUAAUAGCUAAUGUAUAAAUUUAAUUAUUCAUACAUAUUUAAAAAUCAGAUAUGCAAUAAUAGAUUGAUUUAGAAAUAUUACUUUUUUAUAUAUGCUCAUAGUCCAUGAGUAGUAUUAAUAAAACUCUUCCUAUUUAUCUUCUA